CAGUGCUGAUGUAUUUACACAAAGUGCUUUGUGUGUGUCCUGCGUCCUGAUAACUGUGCAAGGGUUGUGUGUGUGUGUUGGUGAGAAGACAAGUCAAUAAUAAUAGUCCAGUUGCUGGGGGGGUCGGGGCAUUAGGGUUCAGAGAGAAGGUUGGUGGCAGUGCUGCAGGGAUAUACAAUACUUGCUCAGGACACUGUGGGGAAAUAUGACACGAAGUUCCAGAGAGGAAAGGGUUAGUGGAGGGAUUACAGUAUCUGAUCAGGAUAUUGUAGGGGAAUGUGGAAUUUGGUCCCAGAGAGGAAAGGGUUAGUGACAGGGAUAUAUAAAACUUGAUCAGGACACUGUGGGGAAAUUGGGCCCCAGGGAGGGAAGGGUUAGUGGAGUUAUAUCCAGUACCUGAUCAGGACACAGUGUGGGAAUGGGGUCCCAGAGUGGAAAGGGUUAGUGGAGGGAUAUACAAAACUUGAUCGGGACACUGUGGGGAAAUUGGGUCCCAGAGAGGAAAGGGUUAGUGGAGGGAUAUCCAGUACCUGAUCAGGACACAGUGUGGGAAUGGAACCAGUUAAGAAGUGUCAUGUGACCAGGAGUCCCAGGGUCGGUGACUGCAGCACAAUCAGUCUGUGACGAUCUAUAGGAGAUCAUUUGUGUGGCUUGGACUCAAUUCACUUUCCUCCCUUUCCCCAUGUGCUGUUCUGACGUUGCAGCCAUGUGACAGUGAGUGCUCUCUAUAAGGUCCGCCCUGUAGACAAGUGAAAGGCGAGUUUGUGUGGAGCUUCCCUGUCACUUCUUCCCCGUGUGUCCGAGAGAACCAAUGCGCGGCUGUUGUAUCCGGGGAAGAGCUCAGGAGACUCAUGUGUUACCAGUCAGUGCGGGAGCUCGGCCCUAGUUAGACAGGGGGGGAGUACCGGUGUCUCCCCGCAGCCCCAGCAGACUUAUGAGUUGCCUCCCAAGCCAUGACCCUGAGCUCUGACAUGUCCGAUGUUCUUGCCGAAGAGACCGACAUCGAUGUGGUGGGAGAAGAGGACGAGGCGCGGGCAGAGGAAGAGGAGGAAGAGGAUGUGGAGCUGCUGAUGCCCCGCUCCCCGCACUGCUCCUCCGCUAAAGAGCCGUAUAACAAAGCUGCGGCGGGGUCGGGUGGGGUCGGCAGGAGCGCGUUGGUGAAGCCCCCCUACUCGUACAUCGCGCUCAUCACCAUGUCCAUCCUGCAGAGCCCCAAGAAGCGUCUGACCCUCAGCGAGAUCUGCGACUUCAUCAGCAACCGCUUCCCCUACUACCGGGAGAAGUUCCCCGCCUGGCAGAACUCCAUCCGCCACAACCUGUCCCUCAACGACUGCUUCGUCAAGAUCCCCCGGGAGCCCGGAAACCCCGGCAAGGGCAACUACUGGACGCUGGACCCGGAGUCGGCCGACAUGUUUGACAACGGCAGUUUCCUGCGGAGAAGAAAGCGCUUUAAGAGACAGCACGUCCCGGAGCUUAUGCUUAGGGAGCCCGGACAUUUCCUGCCGGCCUCUGCCUAUGGCUAUGGACCUUACAGCUGUGCCUAUGGCAUCCACAUCCAGCCUUUCCACCCACACUCUGCCUUGAUCGCCUUCCAGCAGCAGCAGCAACAAGCCCGGCAGCAGCAGCCCCCCAGCCUCCCUUCCAUGGCUGCUGCCCCAGCCCUCCUGCCUCCUGCUGCCCAGGAUCUAUCAAGGACCUGCACUUUCUACCCUCACCAGCUCAGCCCAGCAGCCCUCCCACCCUCCCUGCAGAGCAAGUCCAGCUCAGCCCUGGCCAGAUCCACCUUCUCUAUUGAGAGCAUCAUAGGGGGGGACCUCACCCCUGGUCAGUGUAACUCCCCCAAAUCAGCUGGGGCCCCUGUCAUCUCUAGGGCCCUGGUGACUUUCUCCAGCUCACAGGCUGCUGCUGCUUUAGGGGGGACCCUGCAGCCUGGGACGGUGCUUACAAACCACUAGAAUUUCUAAUUCUUAAAUCAGACAUUUUCUGAGAAGGUAGGAGGCUUUCUUAUGGAUUAUAUCUUUUGCUUUUGGGUUUUUCCUCCCAACCUACUUCUUUCUGGAGUUAAACUACAACUCUCAAACAUGGCUGCCGCUGCAUGCUGGGAACUGUAGUUCAAACACAAGUAGAGGGAUGCAAGAUAGGAAUGCUAAAUAUCCCAGCCUGAACUCUAUGCCAAGGCAACGGAUUGCUGCGCCUUUACUUUCCCUUUAGAGACCCCCAUCUCUCUCUCUCUCUCUCUCUCUCUCUCUCUCUCUCUCUCUCUCUCUCUCU